AUCACACUAUGACGAUUUGAACCUAGAGGAAAGAGAACCACCAUCAAACUAUGAGUGUCUUGGUAGUAAUGCUGCAGGUGUAAACCUGCCUCUGUCUCCUGUAGGACAACAGGAAAUUGCAACUGAGAGAUCACACUAUGACGAUUUGAACCUAGAGGAAAGAGAACCACCAUCAAACUAUGAGUGUCUUGGUAGUAAUGCUGCAGGUGUAAACCUGCCUCUGUCUCCUGUAGGACAACAUGACAUUCCAACAGAGAGAUCACACUAUGACGAUUUGAACCUAGAGGAAAGAGAACCACCAUCAAACUAUGAGUGUCUUGGUAGUAAUGCUGCAGGGUAUUACGGUCUAUUGGUUACUACUGAGUUAAAUGAAAAGAGACAGGGCUGGUGUAAACCUGCCUCUGUCUCCUGUAGGACAAAGGAAAUUGCAACUGAGAGAUCACACUAUGACGAUUUGAACCUAGAGGAAAGAGAACCACCAUCAAACUAUGAGUGUCUUGGUAGUAAUGCUGCAGGUGUAAACCUGCCUCUGUCUCCUGUAGGACAACAUGACAUUCCAACAGAGAGAUCACACUAUGACGAUUUGAACCUAGAGGAAAGAGAACCACCAUCAAACUAUGAGUGUCUUGGUAGUAAUGCUGCAGGUGUAAACCUGCCUCUGUCUCCUGUAGGACAACAGGAAAUUGCAACUGAGAGAUCACACUAUGACGAUUUGAACCUAGAGGAAAGAGAACCACCAUCAAACUAUGAGUGUCUUGGUAGUAAUGCUGCAGGUGUAAACCUGCCUCUGUCUCCUGUAGGACAACAUGACAUUCCAACAGAGAGAUCACACUAUGACGAUUUGAACCUAGAGGAAAGAGAACCACCAUCAAACUAUGAGUGUCUUGGUAGUAAUGCUGCAGGUGUAAACCUGCCUCUGUCUCCUGUAGGACAACAGGAAAUUGCAACUGAGAGAUCACACUAUGACGAUUUGAACCUAGAGGAAAGAGAACCACCAUCAAACUAUGAGUGUCUUGGUAGUAAUGCUGCAGGUGUAAACCUGCCUCUGUCUCCUGUAGGACAACAUGACAUUCCAACAGAGAGAUCACACUAUGACGAUUUAAACCUAGAGGAAAGAGAACCACCAUCAAAAUAUGAGUGUCUUGGUAGUAAUGCUGCAGGUGUAAACCUGCCUCUGUCUCCUGUAGGACAACAGGAAAUUGCAACUGAGAGAUCACACUAUGACGAUUUGAACCUAGAGGAAAGAGAACCACCAUCAAACUAUGAGUGUCUUGGUAGUAACGCUGCAGGUGUAAACCUGCCUCUGUCUCCUGUAGGACAACAGGAAAUUGCAACUGAGAGAUCACACUAUGACGAUUUGAACCUAGAGGAAAGAGAACCACCAUCAAACUAUGAGUGUCUUGGUAGUAACGCUGCAGGUGUAAACCUGCCUCUGUCUCCUGUAGGACAACAUGACAUUCCAACAGAGAGAUCACACUAUGACGAUUUGAACCUACAGGAAAGAGAACCACCAUCAAACUAUGAGUGUCUUGGUAGUAAUGCUGCAGCCAAUGUGAAUACACAAGCUUCCACUGACGACAGACAAAUGUAUGAAUCCCUUGGCACAAGAAGUAAUGCGGCCGUAUAUGAUGAACUCGAAGGACCAGCAAGCCGCGCUCACGUUAUAAUCUGAAGUGACACUCAAUUCUGCGUUCACUUAACGUCCUAAUUAAGCAGAUGCUCUGACGUUGUAUAUGUCUGAUAUAUACGUGAUGAAGUAACAGGUAUACCUGAUUAUUUGGAAUGACAUUGUUAUGAAAUAAUCAUUGUAAUAUUCAAUGAUGUUAACAUAAAGAUUCUUAAUUAAAA